UCUCUUUCUCUUCUCUCUCUCUCUCUCUCUCUGUCUCUGUUUGUUUUGGCGUCUCCACGCACGAUUUUACGCAUCGAAGGCUCUCUGCACGCCUCCUGAAAGAGAGAGAGAGAGAGAAGGAGAGAGAGAUCAUCACAGAUCGAUUCUCUCUUAAAUCUCUCGUGAAUCCCAUUUCCCCUUCCGCUAGAUUCUCUCUUCACUCAUUUCUCGCUUUCUCUCCUUUUGUUCUCUCUUAUCUCUCUCUCUCUUCGCUUCAUUCACUUUUUUUUUCCUUGCUAUGGUGGUGGGUGCGUCUUCUUGUUACGCAUCUCCGUUAUGCACUUGGUUCGUUGCUGCUUGCAUGUCCGUCUCUCACGACGGCGGCGGAGAUAGCCGCCAGGCUGCUGUUGCUCUUCAAUCUGGUGGGCGGAGUCGGCGAAGGAGGCAGCUUACCAAAUGCUCUGCCUCUGCCUCUCGAUCCCCUUCCCCUCCUACCAUUCAAGCUCUUGUCUCUUCUUGUUUGGAUUUUGGUCCCUGUACUCACUACUCCAACUCCAACAACAAUGCCUUGUCUUCUCUCUUUGGAUCCAGUACUCUUUCUUUGAAUCGACACCAGAGGAGAUUGAAUCGAGCUACUUCUUCUUCUUCUUCCGGUGGAGCCAUGGCAGUGAUGGAGAUGGAAAAGGAAGCCAUGGUUAACAAGAAACCACCUACGGAGCAGCGUCGGGUUGUAGUGACAGGCAUGGGAGUUGAAACACCGUUAGGUCAUGACCCACAUACUUUUUAUGAGAAUUUGCUACAAGGCAACAGUGGUAUUAGCCAGAUUGAGAAUUUUGAUUGUUCUGAAUUUCCUACGCGAAUUGCGGGAGAGAUCAAAAGCUUCUCGACUGAAGGAUGGGUUGCUCCAAAACUUUCGAAAAGGAUGGACAAGUUCAUGCUCUAUCUUCUCACAGCUGGCAAGAAAGCUUUGGCUGAUGGUGGGGUAACUGAAGAAGUAAUGGCAGAGUUUGACAAAACCAAAUGUGGAGUUUUGAUUGGCUCAGCAAUGGGAGGGAUGAAGGUCUUUUACGAUGCUAUUGAAGCUCUGAGAAUCUCAUACAAGAAGAUGAAUCCUUUUUGUGUACCUUUUGCGACAACAAACAUGGGUUCUGCUAUGCUUGCUAUGGAUCUGGGAUGGAUGGGGCCAAACUAUUCUAUUUCAACUGCUUGUGCCACAAGCAACUUUUGCAUUCUGAAUUCAGCAAACCACAUUAUUAAAGGCGAAGCUGAUGUAAUGCUCUGUGGUGGUUCAGAUGCAGUUAUUAUUCCAAUAGGGUUGGGAGGUUUUGUUGCAUGCCGGGCUCUUUCACAAAGGAAUAAUGAUCCCACAAAAGCUUCACGUCCUUGGGAUAGUAAUCGAGAUGGUUUUGUGAUGGGAGAGGGAGCUGGAGUUCUACUUUUGGAAGAACUUGAGCAUGCUAAGAAAAGAGGAGCAACUAUCUACGCAGAGUUCCUCGGUGGGAGUUUCACAUGUGAUGCGUAUCACAUGACCGAGCCUCACCCUGAUGGUGCUGGUGUCAUCCUCUGUAUCGAGAGAGCGUUAGCGAGUGCUGGAGUCUCAAGGGAACAGAUAAAUUACAUAAAUGCACAUGCAACCUCAACACACGCUGGAGACCUUAGGGAGUACCAAGCUCUUGUUAACUGUUUUGGCCAAAAUCCUGAGCUUAAAGUAAAUUCCACAAAAUCUAUGAUUGGACACUUGCUGGGAGCUGCUGGGGCCGUGGAGGCUGUUGCAACCAUUCAGGCAAUAAGGACCGGAUGGGUUCAUCCGAAUAUCAACCUCGAGAAUCCAGACAGUGGAGUGGAUACAAAGCUGAUGGUGGGUCCUAAGAAGGAGAGAUUAAACAUUAAAGCAGCAUUGUCAAAUUCUUUCGGGUUUGGUGGCCAUAACUCGAGCAUUAUUUUCGCUCCUUACAAGUGAAGAACGAAGGCUGUUGCUUGUAUUCCAAACCUGGUUGUAUAACUUGCUGUAAGGUACAUUACAUACAUUGUUCAUUGAUGCAUCAUCAAGUUUUGAGAGGAUGCAAAAGGAAAAUUUACUCCUUUGACCUUAACGUAUUUAUUACUCUGAUUGAGAUGGAUCAUUGACAAGAAUGAAUUGAAGUUUGUCGGUCCAGAAAUUCAUUUAAUGAUUUGGGAUGACUAGGAUUCUUUGUACUGUGUCUGUUAUGAAUAUGAGUGAUUGUUUUGAUAUGUGUGCAGUGUUUACAAGAACUUUCCCAUGUUAAGCUAGUGUUACGUUGCGGGAAUCAACAGAGUUUGUUCAACUACCAAGAGCUAAAGCUAAGUUUCUUAGGAUCAAGAUCUGAUGAGCCAAAGACUUGGAUAGGAGCAAAAGUUGCCAGAGAUAGCAGAGUUUGGAUUUCCAUUAAAAAAAAAAACAAAUCUUGUUCAUCGUGAUACCUUCUUAUUGGGGAAAUCUUUGUAGUCCUUCUUUUCUAUUAUUUUAACAUACAAUCU